AGUAUUUUUUUAACGGAAGCAAAAGACACAGACCCCCAAACCACUGAACCACUUCUUUUUCCAUUUUUCGCGGGAACUCUCUCUCUCUCUCUCUCUCUCUCUCUCUCUCUCUCCGGCCAUCGAUAAUCCUAACUUCUUCUUCUUUACCUCUGCACCUCUCUCUCUCACUGAUUCUUCAAAUCUCGUUCAUAUAUUUUUUAAAACCCACCCAUAAUACAAUUUGCUUCACCAACCUUUAUCGUCACCUAUAGCCCACCGUUUUCAUUUUUUAAUUGCUUGUUAGCUGAAGAGCAGGUACACAGAUGAUGAUCUUUGGCGGCAUUUUCACUUUUAUAAGAUGAUGGGCUUGAACAACAAAUCAAUUCAAUUUUUAGAGGUUUUGCAAAUCUAGGAGCAAAUUGAGUCCACAGAUGUAAUCUAAAAUUAGGAGAAAACACAAUGAUUUUCGAGGAGGCUAAGGCUGUAGAGACGAGGAAUGUGUUGGUUGGGAUCCGAAUCGAUGGCCAGAGCAGAGAGCUUCUCAACUGGGCUCUUGUGAAAGUAGCAAAUCCUGGUGACUGCGUUUUCGCGGUUCAUGUCUCCAGAGACUCUGAUUCUGCUUCAAGAGAGAGUCCCUUGUUGGAUAAUUAUUUAGAAGUUUAUGAAGAUUUAUGUAAUUCAAAACAGGUAGAUCUCAUUGGUGAGACCUUGACAGGAAGUUCAAUCAGAAAGGUUUUAGCGAGAGAGGCGAAGAAUCGGGCUGCCAGGACUGUAAUUGUGGGGAUCAGCAAGCUAAGCCCUCUCGGGGGGUGGGCUUCGAUUGCUAAAUAUUGCGCAAAGCGACUUCCUCCAACAACUGAAGUUCUAGCUAUCCACAAUGGGAAGGUUGCCUUCAGAAGGAGUGCAGCGAACCAACUAGCAGGUCUGACAGGAGAUCCGAAACCCGGUUUAUAUGUCGCUGGAAGUCCAACUUUCAAAGAUGACCAUUCUGAAUUUGGUGAUUCUGAGAUAUCAGAGAUUGCAAGACACAGCCAUGGAGUGGUUGGGAGCUUUGAAGAUGGAUCAAGAGAGGGCAGUGGAGAGUCAAAAGACGAUGAUUUAAGCCCUACCGAGAAAGACAGGAAGCUUCCUUUGCGUUCACUUUCUUUUUCAACAGAGGACUUUGCAGAGCAGAAGCCUGGUUGGCCCCUACUCCGGACAGCUAGUGCAAUGAUUCCACCAGCCCCGGAAGCAAGAAAUAUGUCUGUGGUAAAAUGGGUGAUGAGCUUACCAAGCCGGUCUUUGCAAGAAACACCUCAAUCCGAGGCUAGUUUUAGCUCAAGUAGAACCGGGAUUCCUUUGGGAACAGAGAGUAUCGACUUUGCAGGCAGGAUUGAGCUACGAGAAAAUUUGGAGCUUCUCCUCAAAACAAAUUCAUCUGCCUGCAAGUGGUUUCGUCAUGGAAUUUUGAAAAUUUCAACGUCUCAAUUCUCCUCAGAAAACUUGAUCGGGAAAGGAGGGUGUAACUGUGUAUACAAGGGGCUUCUUCCCGAGGGCAAGCCAGUGGCGGUGAAGAUUUUGAAGUCGUCGAAAGAAGCAUGGAAGGAUUUCGCCCUGGAAGUCAAUAUUAUGACCUCUUUGAAGCACAAAAAUAUCACCCCUCUGCUUGGAAUUUCUGUUGAAGAUAAAGAUCUAAUGUCUGUAUAUGAUUUACUGCCUAAAGGAAACCUGGAGGAAAAUCUACAUGGUUAUAACAAAGCAAAACCCCUUUUGUCAUUGGAAGUGAGAUUCAAUAUAGCUGUUGGGAUCGCUGACGCUCUAAAUUAUUUGCACAAUGAAUGUUUUCCGCCUAUUAUUCACAGAGAUGUCAAAUCUUCGAACAUUCUUCUCUCGGAUGAGUUUGAACCACAGUUAUCUGAUUUUGGGCUCGCGAUAUGGGGACCAACGACUUCACCUUUUCUAACACACAGCGACGUAGUAGGAACUUUUGGAUAUCUGGCUCCUGAAUAUUUCAUGUAUGGGAAAGUCAGCGACAAAAUUGAUGUCUACUCUUUCGGUGUAGUGCUCCUUGAAUUGUUAUCAGGGAGAAAACCGAUCAAUUCAGAGACUCCCAAGGGACAAGAAAGCUUGAUCAUGUGGGCAAAACCCAAACUAGAGAGAGGGGAUUUGGCAAGCAUAUUGGAUCCGAAUUUGGAUAAUGAAAUUAGUGAGGUUCAAAUCCAGAGAAUGGCUCUAGCAGCAACCCUCUGUCUCACACGAUCAGCUAGGCUUCGUCCUAAAAUGAACGAGAUACUGAAGAUCUUAAGAGGGGAGAAAGGCGUGGAUGAGUGGGUGAAUUCCGAGUUUGGGGACAGGAAUAAUUCUGAAAACCAGGAAAGUAAUGAUGAUGAAGUUUAUCCAGACUCAAGUGCCGAGUCCCAUUUGGGUGUCGCGCUCCUUGAUUUGGAUGACAACUCCACAUCUUUCAGCAGCAUGGAGCAAAGCAGUAGACUUUCCCUCGAGGAUUACUUUAAAGGAAGAUGUAGUCGAUCGCCAAGCUUAGAUUAGCUUCUCUUGUAUUCUAUUUAAAUUCAAUUUAUUUGAAUUCAAAAAAUUUCUGUUACCAGCUAAGCUAGUUGAGUGUGUAGUUUGUCCCUGUAUAGUUUAAGGAAAAAAAAAUAAAAAUAAAAAAUCUGCACCCAAUGAUGAGGUGGUUUUUGUAUGUA